AUGCUACCUGUAUUUUUUAUCUAUUUCCUAAUAUCAUUAUUAAACGCUGAACUUCAGCUUCCCUGGGAUGUCGAAAGGGACUUCUGGUGCAAGGUGGUUGGUGGUAUGCCGUCGGUAUUAUCUAGUAACUACCAAUACGAUGGAGAUAUCGGUGUGGCGAGCAUGAGCACGCCGUUGCUGUUCGAGCACGAGAUGCCUGAGCCUAGUAGUCCGCUCGGCUGUUCCACAGUUCUAUCCUCCCAUCAGGGCUGCGCAGCGCUACUCACCGACACGAACUGUGGAGAUCCUUUUAUGCCAUGGUCAAUUGACUUUUGGAAGAACGAAAACAAUACAGUGCUGAUCUGCAAGAAAGAAGGGAGGAGCUUGCCGUGCGAGCAGUUUGAAAGGAGUCAUCUACAAAACGAUAUUUGCAUAAAUACGAUUGUUCAUGUUGAAGUCAUGAAAGCUGAAACGACGCUAUACUUAAUGGAUUUAAAGGUGUCAUACAGUCUCCUCGCUGUCCGGCUCGAGCGCGUCGCUCGGAAUGGAGGGGUCCUCCUCGACCGCAAUUCCGCCGCCACAUCUCAGACCUCUGAACGUCUACUGUCGAAGCGGGCCGAGCCA